AAUACCUGAAAGCUAUGUCAUAACAAAUGCUAUUUACAUUGCUAAAAAAAAAAAAACCUUUUAUGUUUUUCCUAGUAGUGGUGGUGAUGAUUAGGUUUUCUUGAUCAGUCAAUUAAAAGCUUGGAUUAUCCUGGAAACUCAAGGAAAAGUGAAAUUGAAAAGCACAAACAUUACCAUUCCAGUAUCAUGGUUAUCUAAUCUCUUUCAUGAGCCACCUCAUAAAUAAAUAAAUAUUGUGGAAAGUUUUAAGGAUUAAAAUAGCCCAUAAGCACUUUUCUAUGAAUCUUUUCACUAAAUCCUGUACAAAAAUGGCAUUUUAAAGCAUCAUGGAUUAAUCUUUAGACUGAAUAUCUGUUGUAACCAUAGAAUCUAUGUGUUUAACUGAAAUGUUGCAUAUGGUUUCCUCUUUUCCUUUGCUUCUUAUCUUCCUAGUGACAAUCUUAUUUGCAAGCUCUUUGGAUUAACACCUGCACUUUUAUUCUUGAUAAAAUGCCAUGUAAAUAGACAGCAUUAUAUUCAUAAUUCCACAAAUUCCUACCAGGUGGCCUCAUUGUCCAUGCACUAUAUGAUUGGAAUGAACUUGCCAUUACAUAAUGCAGCACUUUGUGGAUUAAUAGCAAGUAGUUAUUUUGACUUUCUUCAAUCUCUGAAAUAUAAUUUAUACACAGAAAGAGUAAACUAGAAGUUAAGAGAAGUCUGAAUUGGAAGAAGUGGAUCUUUCAAAGUCUGUCCAGAUUCUUCCAGUAGUAUCAAAGUCAGGGAACCUCAAAUCUUGGAAGUCCCCUAGUGACAAUCAAAAGUGCAGCAAAUGAUAAAGGGCUCUGGACAUGCACGGGUGCCUGGACUGUUAUUAUUUUUCACAGUACUUUAUUUUUUAUUUUUAUAACAAUGGCAUAAUCAGGUGCAGUUGAUAUGUACACAAAUAUAAAUACCCAUUUUAUUAUUGGCACUGUAUUGUCUUUCCUAUAAUGAAAUAGUGCUUAUAAUUAAGCAAUUGGGUUUAGAGUCAGAGGAGCAGAACCAAUUCAAUGAAAGCCAUACAUAGUAUUUCAUUUUUAAGAGGAUGAGUGUAAGAUAAAUGGAUCACAAACUCUGAAUCUCAUAAAGUGUUUAAGGUGGUGGACAAGAAAACGGGAAAGGGGCUAGUCCUUCCUCAUCAUGACCACCAGAAACUUUGGGCUGCUCACUGUCCUUUGGCCUAGCCCACCUUACAGGUGGGUUGUUGAGGAAAAAUAGGAGAUGGAGCCCUGGAAUGCUACUCUUGAGUCAUGCAAAGAAAGGCAGGAUAUAAAUCUAAUAAUAAAUAAUGGAUAAAUAUCUACAUUUCCAAAGCCAUUAUUCUCUUUCCUUCAUAAUACAUGGGAUGGAUAAGAAAAUUAUAAAUCUAAAGGCUUCCUCAUGUGGUUGUGCAGUCCACAUACACCAUUAAGUGGAUUUCUCUAGUAGUGAGCACAAGCCAAAGGAAUAAUGGUAGCUGGAACAAGCAAUUUAUAAUGGAUUUUAUUUAUUAGAUUUUUAUUCCACCUUUUUUGCUUUGUAAAUAACUCAAGGCAAGCAUACAUACUACUACUUCCUCUUCUCUGCACUUGUGAGAUGGUUGGUCUGAGAGAGUGACUGGCUCAAAGUUAUCCACCUGACUUUCAUGCCUAAGGUGGAGUGACUAGAAUUCAUGGCCUCCUGGUUUCUCAUCUGAUGUCUUAGCCAGUAGAUCAAACUGACUGUUAAAAGUUUUUUAAUGUAUUUUUAAAUCUUUGAUUGAACUAUUAAUCUGUUAUGUUCAAUGAUCAGACUAUUAUGUUGUUCAUAAAUGAAUAGUGUUUUUCAGUGGGUAUUUUAGUUGGUCAAUGGUAAAUAGAAUGCAUAAUUUGAAUAAUGCAUAAUGCAUUCAGAUUAUGUCUGUAGUUAAAGAGUUAUCUUGACUUAUAUCACUUUCCUUUCCAUAUUUAUAUAUUUAUAAAUAAAGUCUGCAUUUUAGCUGCCUCUGUGGAAAUUCCACACAUGAAAUCAAAGUACAAAAAAGGGGGAUGCUAUCAACUGUUGCCAUCCUUCCACCUAAGAAUUCCAAAUGAAAGUUAAAAGAAACAAUCCCUUACAUACUUAUGAGGCAUUAAAUAAUUGCUCAGGAACUCGAGAAUUUCUGAAUCAAGAAGCGGAUGCAAAACUGGCUGGAAUGUGCAGAAGGGCAAGACGUGUUGCCUGACCCUCUUCAGCACAGUGCUCCCCCCCCCAAAAAAAGGGGGGGGCGACAGGGCUGUUGGGAGUCUGCUAGAAACGUUCGCUGUAAUUUUUUUUUCUAGCGCGAACAGUAACAAACUUCACCGCUUUCUGAAAGGACAGCAUUGACCCACUGAUCUAGGCAGCCUCGUUUAAUGUCAGAAAAGCCGCUCUCCCUCUGCGUCUCGCUUGGCGGGGCUCCAGAUUUGAUGCUCUCCAAAGGUCUCGAGCGCCCACUGGGAGGGGGCUGACGGGAGCUGUGGUCCAUUUACGUCCGUAGAGUUGGCGGUGCUCGGUCCGUUGCUCCUUCAAUCCCACCCUUAUUCCCACUUGCUCGCCUUUCCCCGGGUUUAUAGAGUCGGUGAGAACCUUCUGGCGGUCCUUCCCGCGUCUCCUUCGUUUGGCUCCCAGACUAGGCGAAGAAAGCGUGUAUGUGUGUAGCGGGAGGAGCUCGAUGAAGAGAUGCCCGGGGCGGCUGAAUAACCCGAUUUCGCCCCCUCCUUGGAACAGGAGGCCUCGCGGGGCAGUUAGUGAGGGAUGGCCUCAGCGGCGCCAUGGAGUGGGAAUUCAACUUGCUCCUCUACCUCGCGCUUUUCUUCCUUCUGCUCUUCCUGCUCGUCCUGCUCCUCUUCGGGGUCAUUAAGCAGCUGAAGAAUUCCGUCGCCAGUACCGGCGCCCUCCAGCCAGGGCGCCCCUCCUUGAGAGAGCCCUGGGGCUUCUGCCGCGAGCAAAGCUUGUAAGACGAGGCGCCCCCGCCUGGAGUAAAGGACGAAGUACGCCCCGAGUGUCAAGGACCAGCUACAGGUGUGUCUCGGUGGGUUGAUCUUGGAGUUGGGAUGCGUGAUCCAAGAGCGACAGAAUGGUUUUUGGGGCUGGGAAAUAAUAAUUUCAAAACCAGCUUCAGCCGCAUCCUCAGCUUGCACUCUCCGAUUCAAUUGGAGAGAUCCAAAACGGCCUUCCUGAAUCUUCUGGCUCCCACUCCCAGAAUUUGCUUUGAGAAAGCUGCCUGAAAUAAUCAC